AUGGGCGCCGCGGCAGCAGCAACAGCAACAGCCAGAGUCCCCGUUGACGAGGGCUUCCUGCAUCACCAGAAGUGGCAGCCGAGGGCAUCGGGGACCGAGGGCCUGAGUAUACGGACAGGGCCGACAGAGCCCGCCCUCUUCACAGGCACCAUCCCCGACCACUUCGCCUCCGUCGUCUCCCUCCACGGCGACCGUCCCGCCGUCAUCGCCCGCGCGCCAACCCCCUCGGCCCGCGAGUCAUCCCUGACCUACCACGGCCUCGACCUCGUCUCCAACCGGCUCGCCUCGUCCCUUGCCUCCCUCGGCGUCCGCAAGGGCGACCGCGUCGCCGUGUCCCUCGGCAAUGGCGCCGAGUUCGCCGCCCUGACCUACGCCCUCUUCAAGCUCGGCGCCGUCCUCGUUCCGCUCAACCCCAGCUUCAACGCCCACCAGGUCCAGGCCGCGCUCGCCCACCUCGGCGCAGAGGUCCUCAUCAUCGGCGCCGUCACCGACCUCGCCUAUCGCCCGGGCAAGGGCCGCAGCAACCGCGCGCUGCUUGAGACCGUCGUCGGUGACCUCCACCGCAGCGCUAUCCAGAGCGAGGCUGUACCCACGCUGCGCCGCGUCGUCGUGCUGGACAACCGCGCGAACCACCCAGGCGUCGACUUCCCGCUCGAGGACCUGCCGGCCCUGAGCCCUUACAAUGACCUCCUCCAGGGUUCAGACCGCGCUGUCGUCCCCGACGCACCACUAGAUCCGUCAGACACCAUCAACAUCCAGUUCACGUCCGGCACGACGUCGAUGCCCAAGGCGGCGCAGCUGUCGCACACGUCCAUUCUCAACAACGGUGCCUUCAUCGCCGACCGCAUGGGCCUCGCGCCCUCGGACCGCAUCGUCGUCCCGCCGCCGCUCUUCCACUGCUUCGGCUCCGUGCUGGGCUACAUGGCAACGGCCACGACCGGCGCCGCCAUCCUCUUCCCGUCGCCGGCCUUCGACCCCGUCGCCACCAUCCGCAUGGCCUCCGAGCACGAAGCAACGGGGCUCUACGGCGUCAGCACCAUGCUCGUCUCCGUCUUUGAGGCCCUCGACGCCGGCGGCCUGCCCGUGCCGCAGCACCUGCGCAAGGGCAUCGUCGCCGGCAGCAGCGUGCCCGAGGCCCUGAUGCGUACCAUCUUUGCCCGCCUCGGCCUGGAGGACCUGGUCAUCUGCUACGGCAUGACGGAGACGGCGCCCGUCAGCUGCAUGACCCGGCCGUCGGAUCCCUUUGCCCAGCGCACCGCCUCCGUGGGCACGCCCAUGCCGCACACGACGGUCAAGAUUGUCGACCCCUGCGACCCCUCGCGCAUCGUGCCUAUCGGCGAGCGCGGCGAGCUGGCCGCCUCAGGCUACCUUGUCAUGAAGGGCUACUAUGGCGACCCGGAGCGCACCGCCCAGGUCCGGCGCCACGAGGCCGACGGCCGCACAUGGCUUUACUCGGGCGACGAGGCCCAGAUGGACGCCAACGGCUUCGUCCAGAUCACGGGGCGCAUCAAGGAUCUCAUUAUCCGCGGCGGCGAGAACAUCCACCCGCUCGAGGUCGAGAACUGCCUCUUCCAGCUGCCCGGCGUCCAGGAGGUGUCCGUUGCCGGCGUCCCCGACGACAGGCUGGGCGAGGCCGUCGCUGCCUUUAUCAUUCCGCGGGCGGGCUGGACGACGGGCGAUUCCGAGAGUGAGGGCGACGAGGCGGCGAAGCGGUUGACCAAGGAGAGGGUGCGCAACUGGGUGCGGACAAAGCUGUCGAGCCACCUGGUUCCAAAGUACAUCUUUUGGGUAGACGACUAUCCCAAGACGGCGAGCGGCAAGAUUCAGAAAUUCAAGUUGCAGGAGAUGGCUAAGAAGCAGCUUGCAGAAGGGUUAUGA